UCGGACAAACGCAGCCGUCACAAAAAAAAAAAAAAAAUCCAGUACUAAAAAUUGAUUGGCCUUCGCUCCACUCUUAGACCCGCCUCACUAACUCUCUGAUUGGACGGCAUCACUGUGGAAGUGUGUCAGUCAAUAGUUUUUUCGCUCAGUGACACUGCGGCUGUAUGUCCGGACAUGUAGAGCUCAUAGCGGCUUGGCCUUUGUUAGCGAGUCGCUGAGAAGAACCAGGGAAGCCGGAGGAGCCGCAUUCAUGCGCUUACAGGGAGGAAAAUGAUCAUCUGCACGAAAAACAUGGACUAUCGCCUUGGAACACAGUACCAGUUUGUUCAAAAUCAGUACCUCCUGCAGCCUGCGGGGGCCGCUGUUGUGGUGGCGCUGCUCUGCAUACAGGAGAACAACAGAGGAAUGUGUCAUUUAAACAUUUCUCAGAAAUAUGCUCUCAUUUGCCAGCCCAUAAAAAAAUCCCAUAGGCUUUCCUUAGACUCCAGCUGUGAAGUUGCUUGCCUUCGAGAACAAAUUCAAAAAUCACAGGAGGAGAUCAAGGAAAGAAAAGGAGACCGACUCCAUUCACAGACACUCCCACAUGCAGAUGUGGAGGAGGAGGACGAGGCGAUGUUCUCCGCAGACCCCUCCCGCUUCGUCACAGACCCAGAAUUCUGCUACCAGGAAUUUGCCAGACGGGAGGAGGACCAUUUCCAAGUAUUCCGGGUGCAGGACUAUUCAUGGGAGGAUCACGGCUUCUCGUUGGUGAACAGGCUCUACUCUGAUAUAGGGCACUUGUUAGACGAGCGAUUCCGCAGUGUGGCCUCCCUCCCUUUCCCUCACAGCCCCGAUCUCAAACGAGCCAUCUGGAACUACAUCCAUUGUAUCUACGGCAUCAGAUAUGAUGACUACGAUUAUGGGGAAGUCAGCCGGUUACUGGAGCGUGGACUGAAACUUUAUAUCAAAGCUGUGGCCUGCUAUCCUGACUCCAGCAAGACCCCUCUAUGCCCACUGUCCUGGGCCCCUGUCAAAGCUUCAGACAAGGUUCAUGUAAAUUUGUUAGUGAUGGAGGCACGUCUGCAGGCCGAGCUGCUGUACGCGCUCCGAGCCAUCACUCAAUACAUGAUCGCAUAGGACACGAGCGUUCAGCGCCACAGAGGGACAUGGUACAAAGAAAUACAAGCAGAGAUCUGUCUCUCCGUCUCUGUAUUUGUUGUCUCUGAGUUUACCGGUGUGACGUAAGGUACUGCUGUGAAACAUUUCUGUGCCAAAGGUGAAACUUUAGAAGAAAAAAGGUGUAAAGCAGUCGCUCUCAUUCUCCUUUGCAUGUGUUUCUCCUACUUCAUUUUGUUUCUGUAGUUGUCCUUUUGUGUGCGGACUCUUCUUUUUCUACCUUUCCUUUUUUUUUUUUUUAGUAUCUUUAU